AUGACGAAGUGGCUCCUUCUCCUCCACCUCGCGCUCGUCCUGUCGUCUUGCAGUGGCGGUGCUACGUCUCCAGCAUUCGAAAAGCUGUCCGAGUUGACAUCGCCUGACGAAAAUCAAGCCACGCCGCCGGACGUGACCGGCGAUGGGAACGCACUUCGUGCCGCCACCGUCCCCGUCGACGGCCCUCGUGCAGACAGGGGCUCCGAGCGCUUGGCAGGAUUCAUCGGUCGACUUACUGGCCGUGCGAAGAAGUAUCUUCCCUUCAAGUCCAAGAAAAUAGCGCCCGUGGUGGAUCUGCCUUUGGACGAUACAAAAACUGCUGUGGCAGUGAUUGAUCGAUACCGGAUUCAGAAUGAUCAAUUUCCUGCACUCGACUGUUUCAACAUCAAUCCAAGCACAUAUCGGACAGCGCUGAAACAAUCGGAGAAAACUGGGGGCCAUUCGGAUUCAACUGUGGACACUUUGGUGAACGAGUACACAACCUUCCGUAAAUUUGCAGCCGCGCACAGGUCGAAGAAGGUGAAAAACCCGUACCUCCGGCCGAGAACUCGUGAAAAUGUCGUGAAGCUGACUGCCAUGGACAGCGCCAAAAUAGUCGCGUCACCAGGCAGUGGGCGUGAGUCCCCACGCAGUGCCCUAAAGGGCACUUCUCCCCGCAGUUCCCCAGAUUCGGCUUCUCCACGCAGAGUCCGUUUUGCAACGCCUCCAUACAGCGCCAAUAAAAACGCUCCAUCACGCAGUGGCCACCAACCAACGUCCCCGGGUAGUGUCAAAGGAGGCGCUUCCCCCCGCAGCCCCCUGGACGUGCAUCCUUCACCCACUUUCUUCGACCCGGCUUCCCGAUUUAUUAUCAACAAAUCGCCUCGUCCGCAUGCCGCCCAAGAUGCGAAAGCCAAGCGUGAGGCAGAGAUGAACGGGCCGCUCGAAGAGCUCCAGAGAAUGAAAUCGCCGUUUGUCAAGACAGUUAAGCCUCGUAGCAAUAGAUCACUCUGA